CCCUGGUCAAGCUCAGAGCUCCCCUGGUCUUCCCCACUGUAAGACUCGUCGCGUAGGAUUGAAAUUGUCGCUGUCAGGACGCUUGAAGGUGGAAAGGGAAUAAAUUAAUUAAUUUGUGCGAAAAAAUAAAUUAAGUGAUUAAGCAUAACAUCAGACCAAGAUGUCUGAAUUAACAGCGGCAACACCCUUGGGGACGGUGUCUUCUGGACACGCCGAAGAGAAGAAACCUUUGAAACCAUGUUGUGCGUGUCCUGAGACCAAAAAAGUCAGGGAUACCUGUAUUAUUGAGAAAGGGGAGGAGAACUGCAAACACUUAAUUGAAGCUCACAAAGAAUGUAUGAGGGCAUUGGGAUUUAAGAUCUGACGAGGCAGCACUUGUGAGGUGUGUGGAUUGUGUCUGGAAUUAAUUUAAGUGUGCGACACUGCCUGUUUGGAGGUGAAUGAAGAUAAGCUCUAUGUGGACAUAUUAUUAUACCAAUGAAUUGGUACAACAAAACCUGAAACCGAAAACACCUAUCAGUAAUUUAUUUUUACAAAAAAAAAGUCAGAUUGUUAUUAUAUCUUCUGUUCCAUACCCUGAGUUACCUACAGCCAGAGGUACAUGCAAAUUUGUAUGAUCCACUAUUUAAUAAAAGUUUUCUAAAAUGUCA